AUCUUGAUCAGCUGCAGCUGUUUCCACUCAACAAUCAUCUCCAACCGGCUCCAUGUUGUGAGGGUCAGAUAAAAAGAAGCUCCUGCUGGUUGUAGUCUGUGUCCCUGGUUUCUGAUCUUGCUCCUGUGUAGGUCCACUGCUAGUCACAUCAUGAGGCUGCUGUUGAUUUCUUGUCUUUUCAUUGGAAGUAUUACCUGCUAUCCUCAACAAGGCAGUGAAGGUUACUAUCUUCCAUACCAAGGUCAAGUUCCAGCCUAUGAAAAGCCAUCUACUCAGUCUGGCUACAGUGGAUUUCCUGACACUUACAGCAGUGGCAUGAACACUGGAGGUUCGUCAGGCAGUGGUGGUUCUUCCAUGUGGUACACUGGUUCGUAUCCAGAGCAAGAACCAGCCAAGCCAACUUACCAGAGACCUGCACAGUCCAGUGGUCAAGGCAGCUACAGCGGUGGUGACAGCAGCUACUCUGGUUCUGGAUCUCAACAGUCUGGUUCCCAGGGUGCUCAGUCUGGAGCUCCAGGCGGCCAGUACCAGGUUGAACAGGAGAGCUGGAGCUCAUCUGACGAUGAGGAGCCAGAGUUCACUCCAGUGAGCGACGAGGAUCAAGUGUACGCUUUCAAGUCUCGCUCUCGCUACAACCAGAAACGGCUGCUGUUCAGCCAGUUCCGCUACACUCCAACAGAACCCCGUGUUCCUCAAGAACCAGUGUUCCCAUACCCCAGCAAGUCAUCUCAUCAGGGCAAAGGUUCAAAGAAAGGAAGUCGCUGAGGACCACUGAUUAACUUAUUUUGUCCAAUGCAAAAUACAAACUAAUGACUUAAAGUUAUUACUUUA